AGAUCAGUAGGAAUUGUCAAGUGGUUCAGGGCUUGAAGGCAUCCGGAAUUUGAGACCAAAGCAGUCUUGUUUCUCUGCAGCAGCCGACGCUGCUGAUGCCCGAGCCCCACCAAAUCCACCAACCCACGCCUCCAACCGAUCCAAACUCCGUUGCCUCCACGGCUGCAAAUGCCCGGCGCAAUCCGGCCCCGCUGCCGUUGCCGGAGAUCGCGGUGCCGCCAGUGCAGCCGAAGAUGAUCAUAAAGGGGAUGCUGGGCCGGUACGAGCGGUGGAACCCCGUGCACCCGACGGCGGGGGCCUUCUGGGGCGUCGGGCUGGGGUUCGGCUGCGGCGUCGGGUGGGGCCCGGGGUUUGGGCCCGAGGUCAUCGGCUACGUCGGCGCCGGAUGCGGCGUCGGCUUCAGCGUCGGCAUCACGCUCGCCGGUGUCGGCGUCGGGCUGCCACAGCACGGCAUCAUCAGGAACCACUACCACGGCGGCGGUUUUGCAAGCAAUGUCCCAUUCGAAUCAGCAAGGUUUUACCUCUUGACCAUGCUAAAAGGUAUGGUAUGGGAUGCCAUCAGUUAUGUGAGCAACGUCGCAGCUAUGAGGAAAGAAUCUCGACAGAAGCUUUUAAGAUGUCAGGAGAAUCCUCAAGUUUCAGGAGUUGAUCUGCCCAAGCUGGGGAAAGGAAUGUCCAGCAGCUUUCGAUCAACGAUGGAGUGUAUCAAGGCCUUCACAAAUCAGCAUUGGCCUCCAUAGGCAGCACCCAAGUAAACUGAAGAUUGAUAAACCGAGCUUUGUGUGCAAACCACCCAACCGGGAUCAAAGCCUGGGUGGUACCCCUUUCAGUGGGUGACAAUGGGGUAAUCGGAUGCAGGUGGCUCGUAUGGCGUCCACCACAGGGUUGACGUCCCUUUUAAUGGAAAAUUAAGGACUUGUACUUUAUGAAUAAGAACCCCCAUAGCACAUAUUUCCUUA